GGGGUCCGGGUCCAGUGGGACCAUGUUCACCAGCACCGGCUCCAGUGGGCUUUAUAAGGCACCUCUGUCCAAGGGUCUUCUGCUGGUCCCCAGUGCCCUGUCCCUUUUGCUAGCCCUCCUCCUGCCGCACUGUCAGAGGUUCUUCGUGUAUGACCUCCAAGCAGUCAAGGAUGACUUCCAGAUUUGGAGGUUGAUAUGUGGAAGAAUAAUUUGCCUUGAUUUGAAAGAUACUUUCUGCAGUAGUCUGCUUAUUUAUAAUUUUAGGAUAUUUGAAAGAAGAUAUGGAAGCAGAAAAUUUGCAUCCUUUUUGCUGGGUUCCUGGGUUUUGUCAGCCUUGGUUGACAUCGUCCUCGUUGAGGCCAUGUGGCAUUUCUUUGGUAUCGCUGCAGCUGGGAAUUUGCCUUCUGGAUUUCUGGUACCUGUGUUUGCUCUCUUUGUACCAUUUUACUGCUCCAUACCAAGAAGCCAAGUGGCACAAAUUCUGGGCCCGUUGUCCAUCACAAACAAGACACUGAUUUAUAUAUUGGGACUGCAGCUUUUCACCUCUGGUUCCUACAUCUGGAUUGUAGCCAUAAGUGGACUUGCAUCAGGCAUCUGCUACAACAGCCAAGUGUUCCGACUCCACCAGGUGCUCUGCAUUCCCAAGUGGGUGGCAAAGUUCUUUUCUUGGACACUUGAGCCCAUCUUCUCAUCUGCAGAACCCGCCACCGAAGCCAGGAUUGGGAUGGGGGCCACAGUAGACAUCCAGAGACAGCAGAGGAUGGAGCUGCUUGACCGGCAGCUGAUGCUCUCUCAGUUUGCACAAGUGAGACAACAGAGACAGCAGGGAGGAAUGAUCAGUUGGAAUCGUCUUUUCCUUCCUUUUCGUCAGCGACGGAAUAUAAACUCUCAGGAUGGUCGGCCAUCAGAACAAGCAUCUCCUCCUCCUCUUGAGGUUUCUGAGGAACAGGUUGCCCAGCUCAUGGAGAUGGGAUUUUCCAGGGGUGAUGCUUUAGAAGCCCUGAGAGCUUCAAACAAUGACCUGAAUGUGGCUACCAACUUCCUGCCACAGCACUGA